AUGCAUUCCCGCCUGUUGAUGGUCUGCUGGCGCCGCAAGCUGUUCUUCGUCGGUGCGGCACUCCUUUUCCUGCUGGUCCUGUGGUUCUGGGGCUUCCUGUACACGACCCACAUUACGGAGAAUGGUGGCAAAAUAGUGUCGUUGCGUGAACUGAUGCUUGGCCACACGCACGGGCGUCACGAAAGUCUGCUGCAUCGGUUGGGUUUCUACGAAACGGCCGCCAACACCGGAACUGCGGCAUCGCGGGCAGGUGCGCCGACCUACAUUGGCGACACCUCGCAGGACUCAAAUGGUGGCGUUAAGUUCGUAAAGCCGACUCUGUUUUCCGCCGGAAGCUCGGAUGUUGCACGCGCCGGCGACUGGGACACGAUCAUGCAGGAUCAUCAGAUUGAGCACGAGCCAAAGUUGGGCCGUGGUCGGGCAGAUGAGGCCAGCAAGGUGCUACGACACAUCUCGGACGAAAUGCGUAUAGCCGCCGAGAGGCAGAGCCAUUACGAGCAUGAGCUGAAGCGAAUGGGCGUGCCAGUGAUUGCUGGAAUUGGUCCGGGCGGUAAACCGGGACCUCCGGCCCAGCGCUUGGUUCACUUUGACCUGAAGGGAGCCCCACCGAAGGUGUCGUACCUGAGGCGGUUGCUGCCUAUCCUGAAGACACUCGGUGCGACCGGUAUUUUGCUCGAGUACGAGGACAUGUUUCCCUACGGGGGGUCGCUGGCACCGUUGGCCGCCCGGAACGCCUACAACCGGGACGAGCUGCUGCAGAUCCUGAAGACAGCGUUUGCGCUUGGGCUGAACGUGAUUCCGUUGGUGCAGACGUUCGGUCACCUUGAGUACGCCCUGAAGCUGAAUGAGUUUGCACAUUUGCGCGAGGUCGACGAUUCACCGCAGGCCCUCUGUCCGAGCUACAACGCGUCGAUGGCGUUCUUGGAGGAGCUUCUGGGGCAAGUGAUCGAGUAUCACACCCCGGCCGACAACGAGAAUCUUCUGCACCGGGAAGACAUCGAAAGACUAACGCCGAAACUGACGCACGUCCACAUCGGCUGCGACGAGGUGUACCGUUUGGCGGAGUGCUCGCGGUGCCGGCACCGGCUCAAGGAUCAACUGUUCCUCGAUCACGUGUACAACGUAGCUUCGCUGGUACGCCGCCGUUGGCCCAAACUUCGCAUCAUCAUCUGGGACGACAUGUUGCGGCACAUUUCGCUCGAUACCCUUCAGGCGUCCGGCAUUGGGCCACUUGUCGAGCCGAUGAUCUGGGUGUACACGGAAGAUAUCUACAAGUUCGUACAGUCUGCCACCUGGGAGAAGUACGCGUCGGUGUUCGGAACGGCUUGGGCCGCGUCGGCUUUCAAGGGUGCCCACGGAGAGGGACUGUUGAUGCCACCGAUUCGACGACAUCUGGAGAACACGCUCCGGUGGCUGGCGGUGAUGCAGGGCGAGGGGAACCGCUUCGCGCACGGACUCCAAGGCUUAGCGCUCACCGGUUGGCAGCGGUACGAUCACUUUGCGGUGCUGUGCGAACUGCUACCGACGGCUCUACCCAGCCUGGCGGUAUGCUUGUCGACCGCAGCGAAGGGAUACUUUGACGUGAGCGCCCGAACGAACCCGAUCCUCAGCAGCCUAACGUGCCCGGAACCCAACGGGGAGCACCAUGCGUGGUUGGAGCUUCACAAGGACUCGCUCAUGGUGACCUUCUCACGCUGCAUGUUUCCGGGUAGUAUGAUCUAUCGGUUCAUGUUGCGCCUCACGACACUAGUGACCGAGGCGAACGAGUACAUCGAGGACACUAAGCAGCGUCGCGGGUGGCUGACGGACUACAACAUUCGGCACAACUUCAGCAGCGCGGCCCGCGUGGACGAUCUGCUCGGUGAAAACUAUCGUCUGCUGAACUCGGUCUCUAAUCUGGCCCGUAAUGCGGCCUCUACGCUGGCCGAGGCGUACGAUCAUUGGACGUACGGGGGGGAGUUCAUCGAGCAGCGCAUCUUUCCCAUACUGGAGGAGCUGAAGCGAUUGGAGCGGGCCGGCGAUGGGCUACGAAAGCGACGUGUUUGGCCACAGCGUCCACUGCCCUACUUGAAGCCGUUCGAGGUGCUAGGCAUCGACGAGAAAACAUAG